AGCAGCCGCACGGCUAGGUAUUCUCUCUUUCUUUCUAAUCCUACAAUUCUUUUUUCUUCCCCAACUUUGAACUGAUCCCACCAUUAACCUAUCGAAUAGAGAUCGAGCAGAAGCUUCUAUUCUAUAGGAAGAUGACGCAGAAAAGCACCCUAUUCAAAGGGCAACAGAAGAAAUCAAUCCCUGCUAAUCGACAUGGCAAGGCCAUUCAAACUCGUAAAGGGAAGAGAAAUGUGAAACCUUCGAAGACCACUAAGGAUAUGGAAGCUGACCGUGAGCUUACCAAGUUCAUCAACAGUUGCAACGAGACUAAAGCUGCUAGCUAUGCUAACAAAGAAGGAGGUCAAUUAAGCAUUGUCAAGGCACAAGUUGAGUCUAACAACAAGAACAGUGCAAAGAAUACUUGAAAAUGUAGUAGCAGCACAAAUAUCUUGUUUAAGUUAUUUACUCUUCUUGUAUUGUUCUCUAUGAAGUAUUUUAUUUUGUAUUUCCUUUUAUAUUCAAGAGUUAGUCAUGUGAGAUUGAUUUGAAGAAUAUAUACAUAUUUAGUAACAUUAUGAAAUGGAAUUAUGAGAAAAGUUUAUAUUAACUAUUCAGGCA